AACUCGUGCAACUUGUGGUUUGCUUAAGACGUGCGUCAGCAGCUAAUUGUUAUUGUCAAAUUCUGUGUGACUUAGAAAAUAUUAGAAGAAGUCUUCGCGUUACUAAUUAUCAGCAUGCAAGUGAUUCAUUUUGCAUUCGUUUUGUGUUGCCUUUGUGUGCAUCGAAGCUUUGGUGCUCCAAGAUUGCGACAGCCAGCGAAGUGGCAACCCAUUGCUGCCACAACAGUCGCACCAGCGCCGAAGAGUUUUGCAAGCCCAGUAAAGCGGAGUCCACAAUUGAAUUCACAGUUCAAUGAAACGCAUAUCGCAUUGCCGCUUUUGCCGAAUAAUACCGAGGCUGUGCAUGAAUUGAAGAGCGAGCAUGCUGGAAAAGUCUACGAUCAUAAGCACAGAAUGUUGUUGGCGGUGCAAUCGGAUGUAAAAGUGCGUGAUGGAGGAGUUAAACAGCCAGAAAGGUCGAAAACUUCAGCUGCUAGAAACAAUGAUCCAGAAGCGCGAAAACGUUUAAAGGAGGGAUUAAAGGAUCUGCUAUCGAAGCUGCACCCGCUUUCUGACUCCGCUAACGAAUCCGAUUCCGAAUCAGAAUUAGGUCAUACCAAUGGGAACACAAAUGGCGCACUGAAAUCAGACCAAUCUUUUGGAAAUAUGCCGAAAAAUCGUCAACGUUCUUCAGCUCUAGCCAAGGCACUUGAUUGUGAAGAUAUACCAUUCAAUGAAGCAUUAUUGCAUUCGGCAUUAUUGGAUGAAGGGUCAGACGCCAAAAGCUCCGUAAAUGGACUAACGAAACCUGAAGUCAUGCCAGCCGUCAGUAUUGAAGAUCUAACAGAGUUGAGAAGGAAACUGUUGAAGUCACGUCGUAAUCGUAUGAAAAUGUUGCCACCCUUUCGCAGAUAUCCGCAUUACGCUUGGCCACCGCAUUCAGCUGGUUUCAAUAGUUUCAACAUGCAACAUCCAUAUAACUGUGAUUGUAAUUAUUUCUUGAAUCCAGUAAAUGAGAUGGGUGUACCAACUAUUGAGUAUAUAUGGGAAGAUUACGAUGAAGUUGGCGAUAAUGUCGGUGAUAAUGUAAAAACCGAUAAGAAAGUUGUGAAAUGAGUAGGGUUGAAACUAUACUAGAUUCUUAAGUAAUUAUGUAGUAAUUCUAAAAAAUGUAAGAAGUAAUCUAAAUAAAUGAUCUAUUUUU